CCCGUCUCCAGCUGUCCAAAUGUAAUCACAACUAUAGUGCCUAAUAAAUAUCCUAGGCUCGCUCGCGCGGACUCUUAGUCUCCGAUCAAUUCCUUGUUUAUUUGCUGUGAUUUUACAUCAUUAAAAGGACGCCCGUGACCCGCUCCCGUCAACAAUAUUUGACGCUUUUCUUCCUAAUUCUUGCCCAGGCCAACACUCUCCCCACCUUUUAGAACCCCUGUUCGCUGCUCCCUUCACACCAGGGACCUCAAUUUCUCCAAACUGGAUUUUGUAUGCUGUCGACGGAGUAGUGGCGGUUGAGAAAUGAAAAGUUGCUCGUGAUCGAACCGACAGCUUCUCACCGACUCACUGUGGGGAAGGACACUAUUUUGGGGUUGACAAGUGCGAAACAAAAGCCCAAUCCAGGACCAAGGGUAAAUAAAUAAAAAAAGAAAGAUAAAUCAAAAGCAUAUCUAUACCCACGUCAGCCGGCACCUGAGACGCAUUGGGUUACACAAAACCUCGUCCUCCUUCGGUGCAGCAUUAGAACUUCUUGUUCGACAAUCGCCGCCAGUGACAUUCGCAAUUACUGAUACAACCGGUUUGAGCAAGGCGAAAAUUUCAGAACGGAAGUUCAGGUGAUCAAAGCUUCUAAGAUGCCCCAACAGACCAUGACGAUACCAAUGCGGACAUCGAGUGUAAACGCGGUGUCGAACGGGAUGCAUAUGUCAAAUGCUAGCCAUGAAGAUUUGAGACGCGAAUCAGCGUCAAAAGCUCAAAAGAUAUUGGGUACGACUGAAAUCCCUAUGCCUCAGGAUCAAUCCCGGCGAGAAGACAGAAGAUCGCGAGGAAAUAGCUUCAUGAGAGCCCCGGAUAUCAAGUCGAAGAAAAGCGGCGGUUUUGCUGCGUUUCCUACUCCUACACCCGAAGCAACUUUACCACCACCACAUCUCCGUGUUCGAGCAUCGUCCCCGCUGCUUGGGCAGGAGUAUCGAUCACAAGAUGCUAUGCCACCGCCUAUUCCUACGCACUCUAAAAGGGUUCAGCAAUCCGGCUCCUCAUCUACACUGUUUUCCUAUUUCAAUUCUCGCAAUUCAACUAUGGACUCCAAUCUAAGUCGCAAGACGACAAAAGAUUCUAUACCGACUGAAGAAAAGAGUUCUCGAGCGCAGAACAGUAUCGAGCCACGCUAUGGUUUGAAACAACCGAAGGGCCCUAUGAAGGAGUCGAAACGGAAAAUGCGCCCACCCAGAAUAGAUCUCUCUCUCCUAUUCCCAAAGCCACGAGUGGAUGCUGCCCCCCUUCUGUCGCCGCAACGAUUGGUGAACUCGCCGUCUGCAAUAUCAAUGACCUCUGAGCAUCCCGCAGUCAAAGCGAAGAAUUUUGACAACCCUGAAACUACAAAGAGAACCACGAAAACUACUCCUUCGGGCCACGAAACCAAGGGCCAUCAAGCUACUGACGUCGCCAGCGAGUCUUCACCGACAUACGAGUCAGGUAACACAAACUGGCUUGAUCCUUCACUUGAAAGAACAGUGCGCACCAGUGAGAUGGAUAUGGCUUUGAAACGGUACAGCCAAUUCCAGAAAGCUCCUCAGCCUAGUGAAAUGACCCGGUCUAGUCAGUUGCAUUUACGACCACGGGAUCGUGAACAACCACAAGCAAGUGAUACCAAGUCUACAGGGAGUUCUUUGCGAAAAGUUCCAUCCAAUAGCUCCGCUGGGGGAUGGAGCAGGGAACUAUACUUGUCACCCAAAUCUUUCUCCCGCCCACACAACAGUCGUGUUUCUAACUCGUCGAGCGCACGGCACGCUGACCCACGCGAAAACCCCUCUGCCUACAAGAGUUCAAUGUCGAAGAAGAGCAGUAAAAGUACUCUGAAAAAUGUGGACCUCAACAAAUCGAGUGUGCUUUGUCUUUCAUCAUCAGAAGAUGAAGACGAGGAGGAGGAGGAAGCGCCAGCCAAACAUGAUAAAAACAUAAGAGACAGCGUAACUACCUACGGUGAAUUCGAUGCUGAGAUAUGUACAGCUUCUGCGGCACAAACCACGAAAGGAACACUGAGACGAGUUGAGAGACCUUACUCUAUGUCAGCUAGUAGCCAUGGGUCUCAGUCUGUCCGGCGACAACAGCAAACUAUCUUACGAAACCCAUCAAUGUCGUCUGCGGGAAGAUCAACCCUUGAAACGAGGAGUCACCGCUCGAGUGGCGUACCCACGAUAUCAGAACCAGAUUUCCUCAAUACCGACCCUAUGGCUAAUCAAGUACGAAAACCAUCUCAGAGGGCACGUCUCCAGCAGAGCCAGCAGAACCGCAGAAGCCGAGUUAUAGCCGUGACAAGGCAAGAAGAGCACCUACUAGAAGCAAUGAGACAACGGAAAGGCAAAAUAACCCCUAGUCUUUUCCAUGAAGCCCGUUACCAAGAUAGUAGCGAGCCUGAUAGAAAUUCUAUGCUCUCGGUGCCUUCGCGGGACUCAUUCUACGGGUCCGACAUCUCCUUCCUUCGACUCAGCCCUGGACUACCUCCUAGUAUGCUACGGAAAGAUCAAGGUGCAAACCAUUUUGAUAAAGACGGCUCCAUUUCUCAGGGCACGGCUUCUGAUGCAGAACAGAAAACCACUAACUCGAGCGCGUCUCCUCGAGUUAGCUUGAUCUAUUCGGAAAGUCUUCCCUCGCCAGCAACAAGUGGGGCUUCCCCAUUGACACCGACUCUUCCUAUACAUCGCUUUUCUCCGCUCCCAUCACAAAAGCCGCCCCCACGCAAUCCCCCUCCGUCUAUCCCAUCAGUUCAACGGCGACAUUCGAGGCGACGCACGGAUAGUAGCGAGGCCAUCGUUCUAGGCGACUCCGAGGAACGGAAGCCCGAACCAGACGAUUUCCCGAUUUGGGCAUUGGGAUGGGGAGGUAACGAUAAUGUCAAUCUGACGGCAGUACACUGAAAGUCCAACUGUAUCCAGUCACCUUUCACAACACUCAGGUCUUUAAUACCGCCAUGAACAAAUCACUCAUCCGCUAUUAUAUCUCGAGGUCUUAUCAUUGAUUGAUACACCUGAAACACACGUCUCACCCUUUCUCCUACUUAUACCAUACACUCUUUAUCUCUGUCACUAUCUCACUCUUUGAUCCUUUUUUAUCUUGGUUGAUUACCUACCAUUCGCUGAUCUAUACGUUUCCCUUGUUCUUUUUUACAUACCACACGAUGACCGGCUAGACGAUGCCAUUUUCUUAUAUAAUGUAUUUACUGCUCACCACGUCCGUAUGCACAGGAGGAAGGAAUA